GCUUGGUUGCUUGCACGGCCCACUUCCAUCCAAAGCUCUUUCUCUCAAACCCUCACAAGAGAGAAGACAGACAGACUACCACAAAUCAUUGAAACAAGGAAGAAAAAAAAUAUAAGGCUGAAAAACAUUAACGACCUGCAUUCUCUCCCUUUCUCAUCAUCGCUCUCUCAUCCUCCGCCGGCGAAGCAACCGUGGCCUUUUUUCCCCCCAGAUAAAUAGAACUCCCUGGCCGGCGACGUAUCUUCAGCAUGAUUUCUUAAACCGGCCGCCGGCCGGAUCUACAAAUAACAAAAUUGCAAAACCCAUGGAGGAGUCAUCGUCGGUCCAAUACUAUGCUUCCUCCGGCGGCAGACGCGCCGCCGCCUUCGACACCGUCACACCACCAUCCGAAUUCUUCCACUACCACCAGACGUUCAACAAUAACAACAUGCCUCCUCCUUCCACUCUCCACAGCUACACGCCUACAUUCGAUUCGACAACACCCACGAAUCUCGCCUCAUCGCCAUCACUACACUACUCCAAGAAUCCAUACUCGUCGUCGUCCGGUCUGAUCAAUGUCGCGGCGGGCUAUCAGGACCUCCCACGUUACGGCAUUGAAGAGAGUUGCGUGAGAGGGCUGCUCAGCGGCGAGAUGGACUACGGUGGCAAUGUUGGUGGUGCAAUGUACCACCACAACACUUUUCACGGUGGAUACCAUAAUGUUGCAGGCGCGGUGAGCCAUCACGAGGGUCUGUCUCUGUCUCUGGCGUCGAAUAACGAUGAUGUCAAUGUGGCUGCACAUCAUUUUGGGGACGGGCUCGAGCAUUACUCGAGCCCGUACUUGCAAUCGAAGGGUGGUAACGCGGUUGUGGCUAGUGACCACGAUCAUGGGGUGAAAGUUGCUAGUGGUAGAAGUUGUGACAACAAGUCCACUGUAGUUGGAGGUUCAGGGGCUGCUUCUUAUGUUGUUAAGACGACGACAGCGACGAAUAUGGUGGGGCCUCUAGGCCCUUUCACGGGCUACGCGACGAUCUUGAAGAGCUCGAGGUUCUUGAAGCCGGCUCAGGAACUUUUGGAGGAAUGGUGUGGGGUGGCGAGCUGUAGGAUGGAGGUUGGUGAUGUUGUGAGCAGUUUGGGUUCGGGUGGUUUGUCAUCGUCUUCCACCGCCGCGAUUUGUGGAUCGAACGAUGGUGGAGGAGCUGGCAGUGGAGGUUCUCUGACGUACAGGCCGGAGUUCCAUGAGGUGAAAUCCAGGCUGCUGUACUUACUUGAAGAGGUUUGCAAGAGGUACAAGCAGUACCACCAACAAAUGCAGAUGGUGGUCUCGUCGUUCGAGUCCGUGGCCGGCCUGAGCUCCUCGACGCCGUACGUCUCGCUCGCCAUCAAGACCAUCACCAGGAACUUCAAGAGCAUGAAGCAUGUGAUCUCAGACCAGCUGAAGCAGCAUUCUGCAGCAACGGCAAGAUCUGUGGUGGUAGGAGAAGAAGAGCUGUUCAGCUCCAGCAGUACCAGCAGCACUUCAACCAGGCUGAGGGGUUACAUGGGCCAGAGGCAGAGCUGUGGUGGUGGUGGUGGGCCUAAUUAUCAUCAUGUGGGCUUCCAUGAGCCCCAACAGCACGUCUGGAGGACCCAAAGAGGCCUACCUGAGAGAUCGGUGGCCAUCCUUCGAGCUUGGCUCUUUGAGCAUUUUCUUCACCCGUACCCUACUGAUGCUGAUAAGCACAUGUUAGCAACCCAGACCGGGCUAACCCGAAAUCAGGUGUCCAAUUGGUUCAUCAACGCGCGGGUUCGUGUCUGGAAGCCCAUGGUGGAGGAGAUCCACAUGCUUGAGAACAAAGGCCAAGCAGGAACCAGCCAAGGCAAGUGCAAUAAUGUCGAUCCUGUGUCGAAUUCUGCAGUGAUGGGACCGACGACAUCGAGUCAAGAACAAGGACAUGGUCACCAUCAGCAGCAGCAGAAGCUUCAUAGGGAGCAAUACUGGAAGCAGGAGAAGAGGUCCAGAGUGGAUUUCCAAGUUCCAACAGCUGCAGCCAUGAAUGGUAAUGGUUCGCUGAUGAACUUUCUCCCAUAUCAGGGGAGUGAUCAUCAGAUGGGCGGUGGGAAUGGAGCUGUUUCGCUGACUUUGGGACUGAGGCAUGAAGUUGUGGACAAUGUGGCACACCAGCAGCAGCAGCAGUUGCAGCGACAUGGCGAUCAGCUUAGGCGGCAGUUUGGUGGUGGUGGAGGUGGGAUGAUGCAUGAUUUCGUAGGCUAAUUGAUUGGUUCAUGUGUUAAUUAACUCAAAUGCUAAUUUCGAUCUGGGUUAGGAGAUUGUUGGUGGGUGCGCUUAGUGUUUUGUGACGGAAGAAUUGGAUUAACUAAAGGGAGAAGCUUGUACUUGUACAUAGUUUUAUUUGUGGUAAAGUCUGAAUCUUUUGGCCGUAGGUGUAUUUUCAGAUUGAAUUGGUUGAUUCCUUUGUUGGUCUCCUAGCUAUCGUUGUUCUUAGGAACCCAAGCGUCCGGUUGGCGUUCAAUAUGCAGGCCAAACUUUAUUAGAUCCCUUUUCCUUUUCCUGUUUCUCCUGGUUUGUUUUUCUUUAUUUAUCUUAACAAGAAUGAGAAGGAUAGACAAAAUUCCAUGUCCAUUGUUGAAGGAGUUACCAUUUUGUGAUAUUUCAACAGAUUUUUUUAAAGUUGAUUAUACAAUACUUUGGUGUUUCUUGAAUAAAGUUUUUUUUUGUUUUA